UGGGCUGUAAUUAAAAAGCGAGUGAAUCGAGUCUAUCUUUUCUUAUGGUUUGUCACUCGAUGUGUUAUUAUACCAAGUGCUACAUUUGUUGCCCUAUCGCCCAUUUUCAUGUCUAAACAAGCAUCAGAUUUGAUCACUAAUGUACCAAGUGCUAUACUGACGCUAUACGCUUGUUUUUAUGCCUUUAAUUUGGUAAGGAUGUCAGUAUUUCUUGCCAUUUCUUAUGGUUUCAUAAUGCAUUAUUCCCUCGAAUUGAACUUAAAAUAUUUGAGAAACCUAAAGACCAAAAAGACAGUAAACUACUCACAAUUGCGAACCUUUUUUCAACAUUAUCUAAACAUCUAUAAUGAAGCAUUUGAAGCUAACAAAUUCAUGUCCAAAUUGUCUGGUGUCCUUUAUUCAGGAACAUUUCUCGAAAGUUUAGUUUGCAUUUAUGUAGCCUUCAUAGCGCCAGAAUCACCAGUUUCCACUAGAAUGCUGUUUCUUGGAUUCUUCAAUCUUCACUUAACCCUUAACAUAAUCUUAAUGUCUUUGGCCUUUAUUUAUUUACAACGAUUGGAUCAAUUGGUUCGUAAUAAUAUCCACAAACUGUUGACUCGAUCUAUCAUAAAACCAGCUCUUAAGAUUAAACUGGAAGAAGCUUUGUUCAUGAUGGAAUCUUAUCCGAUGGGAUUCCGAUGUUUCCAUUUUUUCAGAUUCAAUUCAUCAAGCUUAUUAUUGACUUUGCUUGAGCUUGGUGCUCAUAUGUUACUAAUCGUAAUGUCCGUACCAAGAGUCACACAUUGAUCCUUGUUAAUAAAAUAUCUUACUACAAAAAAUUUUACU